GAUUUUAGUAGUAUAAAGUCCGUUCUAACAAGUCGUGGGUGCUGCGCAAUGAAUCUAUAAAUUUCGCGUUUGUAGAAUAGCACAGCGAAUGAUUCAGCGUGUUUUAAGAUCCUCUUUUAUCCAAUUCGAUAUUGAAUCGUGUUUCUAGUUUCUGCUAUCAGUUUAGAAAAUUCGUUAUGUGUCUAUCCCUUGCACGGAGUUUAAUUUCAACUUUGGUUUUCAUCAUGAUUCAGCAUUACAUAUUGUUUUGUGCCCUAAAACCGGAACCAAUAUUUUCCAAGGUUGCUGGUGGGGCAAUAAGGCUACAGCUGGUGAACGACAACUGGACAGAGUUGAAAGGAGAAAUCGCUGGUCCCUCUGACACUCCAUAUGAAGGUGGCACAUUCGUGCUCGAAAUCAAAGUACCCGAAACUUAUCCCUUCAAUCCACCGAAGAUUCGGUUUGUUACCAAGAUUUGGCACCCGAACGUAUCAUCAGUGACGGGCGCCAUUUGCUUAGACAUUCUAAAAGACCAAUGGGCGGCCGCACUAACCCUGCGCACGGUGUUGCUGUCGCUGCAAGCGCUAUUGUCAGCCGCCGAGCCCAACGAUCCUCAGGACGCAGUGGUCGCCAAACAAUUCAGAGAAAACCCACACCUAUUCAACUUGACCGCGCGGCAUUGGACUAACGUGUAUGCGGGUGGGCCUAAUGCGAUAUGGGAGUUCAAUCAAAAGGUGCAACGCUUACUGGAUAUGGGCAUCGACGAGCAUCAGGCGAGAGUAGCGCUCUCCACCUACGACUGGGAGCUAGAGCGCGCCACCGAGCAACUCUUCAGUUAGUUUAAUCGCUGCAACUAAUCGUAUUUAGUAUUAUGCGAAUGGUUAAAAUCCCUUUAAGCUGGAAUUACGAUUGCUUAUGACUAACAGCAAUUUGUAUUCAAUGUGAUUGUCAUAAACUUUGUUUAUGUUCCGUAAUUUGGAAGAUUUAUUUUAUAUUAUAAUUUAACUUUAUACGUUAGGAACUAUGACUCGACUAGGUAACUCUGUGAUUUACAUAACGUGUGAGCACGCGACAUGAGCCCAUCCAAUGUCCGCUGGGUGAGGUGACCGCAAGGCGCCGGUGAUGCGGUGCUCGUCAGCGCCUGCA